AUGGCUUCGACGAUCACGGCUUUCGUGACGGAUACUGUCACAAAGACAGUUGCGAUGUCUGCUACCGCUUCGUCCACAGCAAGAGCCAAAGCUCAGGGCGGAAUUUUGGAAGGCGAAAAUCCGACUCACUACAACCCUAAAGAUCCCAUCAUCAUAUUCAUCAUCCAGGCCGGCGUGAUCAUCUUAUUUUGUCGCUUACUACAUUGGCCGCUGUCCAAGAUUCGACAGCCUCGUGUCAUCGCAGAGGUCAUUGGUGGUGUCCUGCUCGGGCCUUCGGUCAUGGGUAGGAUUCCUGGCUUCACAGCUACGAUUUUCCCAGCAGCCGCACAGCCUAAUCUUGCUCUCGUGGCCAAUCUCGGCCUGGUCCUUUUUCUGUUUAUCGUCGGGCUCGAAGUCGAUCUACGCUAUCUCGCCAGUAACUGGAAGAUCGCAUUGAGUGUCGGAUUAGCUGGUAUGGCCCUUCCGUUCGGUCUAGGCUGCGGUAUCGCUUACGGACUGUAUCACGAAUUCUCGGACGAGGAUGGCACUGUGCCGGUUGCAUUUGGCACAUUCAUGCUCUUUGUCGGUGUCGCUAUGGCCAUCACUGCUUUCCCAGUCCUGUGUCGUAUUCUUACCGAACUGAAGCUCCUGUCGACAUCUGUUGGUGUGAUCGUUCUCUCGGCUGGAGCUGGUAACGAUGUCACUGGAUGGGUUCUUCUCGCUCUUUGUGUGGCCUUGGUCAACUCGGGAAGCGGUAUAAGUGCUCUGUAUGUUCUGCUCACAGCACUCGCGUACACUCUUUUCCUCUUCUUUGCCGUCAAGCCGGCUUUCACCUGGGUACUCAGACGUACACGCACUUUUGAGAAUGGACCCUCUCAAGGAAUCAUCGUCUUGACACUGUUGAUCGCGCUUGCAUCUUCCUUCUUUACCGGAGUGAUUGGUAUCCAUCCUAUCUUUGGUGCUUUCAUGGCUGGGUUGAUCUGCCCUCACGAAGGUGGUUUUGCAAUCAAGGUCACAGAGAAGAUUGAAGACUUGAUCAGUGCUUUGUUCUUACCACUUUACUUCGCCCUCUCUGGUCUGUCUACCAAUCUCGGUCUGCUAGAUACUGCCAUCACGUGGGGCUAUGUUGUCGGUGUCCUAGCAGUUGCCUUCGUCGGCAAGUUUGUAGGAGCUUCAGUGGCUGCCCGUGCUAAUGGCGUUGUCUGGAGAGAGAGUUUCACUAUCGGCGCUUUGAUGAGUUGCAAAGGCCUCGUCGAGCUCAUCGUUCUCAAUAUCGGUCUACAAGCCAAAAUCCUAUCGCAAAGGACGUUCACCAUCUUUGUGGUCAUGGCCCUAAUCACCACUUUCAUCACCACACCUUUGACCAUGGCACUUUACCCACCCUGGUAUCAGAAGAAGCUGGAAGCUUGGAAGAAGGGUCUCAUUGACUGGGACACCGGCAACCCGAUCAGUCCUGGAGACGAUGCCUCUUCGAUCGUUGUAGCAAAGCUCGAGACUAGCAAGAUUAGGACACUUCUUGUUCACCUGCGCUUGGACAACAUGCCCACACUGAUGACCUUCGUCUCGCUCUUGGCUUCUCCUACCAAGUCUGGCGAUGCUGCUGCAAGACAGCACCCGACUUUGGUUGGCAAGAGUGCCAGCGUAGAUGAGUCUGCAAAGACACCUAAUCGUCCUCUAGAAGUUCAUGGUGUGAGAAUGAUAGAACUCACAGACAGAGAUUCGUCAGUCAUGAGUGUCGCAGACGUCGAAGAAUUUCACUGGAAGGACCCUAUUAUCAACACUUUCCGCAACUUUGGCAGGCUGUACAACUUGGCAGUUUCGGGAGAAGUAGCUAUUGCUCUCGAAUCGUCGUUCGCCGAUAUCAUCACCUCCAAGGCAGCGCGUGAGAAUUCAGAUCUCCUUGUUCUUCCUUGGAGUGAGAGUGGAAGCAUGAACGAGCAACAGUCCUACAAUGGCAACCCUGUAACACCCAGACGCCUCGAAGACACAAGCUACGUCAGCUUCGUGGCAGACGCGCUCAAGGCCUCAACUUGCAACACGGCAGUCUUUGUCAACCGCGGCUUUGGUGGUAGCGCAGUGGCACGUCGUCCAACACUGUCUCGUCAAGCGAGCAAGAUGAGUUUGUCGAACGAUCGGGGACCUGCAUCUUCGCCCAUCAUGGACAAGUCGCACCACAUUUACAUGCCCUACUUUGGCGGAGCCGAUGGCCGCGUGGCGUUGCGUCUUGUACUGCAGUUGGCAGAAAACCCUGAUGUCACCGCCACAGUGGUGUAUUUCGACAAACUGGAUGGAAGCGGCUCGACCGAGAUCAAGGAGACAGAAUCCCAUGGUUCGCCUGUGGAGAUUACAAGUGCAGGGUUAUCGAGCUCCAAAGAAGGCAAGCCUAGUGCUGUUGCACAGAUCGAGGAUAGCGAUGAGACUUUCUUCGCCAUGAUCCAGAGAUCCCUGCCCGUCGAGUUAUCUUCAAGAGUGGUCAUGGAAUCUGUCUCGUCACACUCGCCCUUAGAAGAAGCAAUCUCGAGGGCGCAAAUCGAAGUCGCGCAAAACCCGAAAAACGCAGGCGACUUAAUUGUUGUCGGCCGAAGAGACUUGUCCAGCGAGUCGGGCAGAGCGUGUUUGGGCCUAGUUGCGCAGCGAUUCGUCGACAGUGGUCUCAGAGCAAGCAUUCUGGUCAUACAAGCUCGACCAUCCUACACAUCUUCAGAAAUGCUGUGA